CUUUAACCUUAGAUUCACAAACCAAAUUCAGCUUUAGUUUCAACCAAUACUAACCAUCUAAUCAUCAAACCAUACAUAAAAAGCUACAAAGUCUCAUGUUUCUUUACCAGAGAAGAAGAAUAUAACAAUUAACAAAGAAACAAAAGUCCAAAGAAAAUUGCCUUGAUCGAUUGUUUGGUCUUAGACCAUAAUUAACGGCAAAUUCAGCUCUUCCUUCUCUUCCACAAGAGGUGAGUCUGCUUUGGUUCUGGUAUUGUUUGCGGGUCCCACUGAUACGUGGCGGCCCGCGAAUAGUUCGUUUUUAAUUAAAAAAAAUUAAAAAAAAAAAAAAAAAAAUAAGAACCCCCUUAACCCCCUACAGUUAAUCAUGCUCUUAGACUCUUAGUACAGAGAAGAAGAAAGAUAGCAACUAUGAGGUGUAAAAGAGAUGAGAAUGACGACUCAGAGUCGUAGUCCUUUUGAGUUUUCACUUUUUUUUUUAAUUAGGAUUUUCACUUAAGGAAAUAAAACAUAAAAACAUUUAUUAAUUUUUCCUUUUUUUUUAUUUACGAUUCCAAUAUUAGAUUUACACGCUUCCAACUAGGAAUCAUUGAUUCCAAUACGCUUCCAAAUCUGGUUUUUUUGGAACCGCGCUUCCGGCCGCUUCCACCCGCUUCCGACUGCGCUUCCGCUUCAGAAUCAGGAAUCAUGGCUUUGGACACGCUUCCAUGCAACGUAGUUUGCAACACGGCUAUUGAUGUUUUCGUGAGAGCGAAUAGGUUGGAGAAAGCUUUACGGUUUAUGGAACGAAUGCAGGUUAUUGGUAUAGUGCCAGAUGUGGUGACUUAUAAUUGUUUGAUCAGAGGGUAUUGUGACUUGCGUCGAGUUGAGGAAGCUGUUGAGCUACUCGAGGAGUUAGACGCUGCUCUCUCACUGCUUGAUGACAUGUACCUGAUCAACAAACACGCAGAUGUCUUCACAUACACCACUUUAGUUGAUGCAUUGGGGAAAAAAGGUAGAAUAGAAGAAGCAACGGAACUUAUGAAGAAGAUGCUUCACAAAGGCAUAGAUCCCACUCCUGUCACAUACAGGACUGUCAUCCACCGGUACUGCCAAAUGGGAAAGGUUGAUGAUCUCGUGGCUAUACUGGAGAAGAUGCUGCUGCGGCAGAAAUGCAGGACAGUGUAUAACCAAGUCAUUGAGAAGCUUUGUGGUUUGGGAAAGCUCGAGGAGGCAGACAAAAUUUUGGGUAAAGUUCUGAGGACAGCUUCGACAUCUGAUGCUAAGACAUGUUAAGUGGCUUGUCGGAUGUUUAACCGGGAUCUGAUACCUGAUGUUAAGAUGUGUGAGAAGCUUAGCAAGAGACUGGUUCGGGAAGGAAAACUUGAGGAGGCAGAUCAGCUAAUGCUACUUUUGGUUGAGCGUGGUCGUAUUUUACCCCUGCCCUCAAAACAGUCUGUGGUCUCAUAAAUAUCUGUGUGGACUUACCUUCAUUAUUGUAACCAGAAACUUCUUGGUAGAGUGUUUGAGGUGUCAAGCGAAGAUGGAUGGAUGGAAUAGUAAUUCGAACACUAAUAGCAACACUAGAGGGUUGUUGACACUUCACAGCUCAUACAAUGCAAAAUAUACAUUUCUAUUUAUUGAUCGCUUUGAUUAUCUGAGUAGUGAACACAUUACAGACAAUGAUGUUUUGCUGGUUGCUGCUUCAUAUUUAGAUUAUGUUAAAACGUGUAACUGAGAAAGCGUGAAAACACCGAAAGUUUCUGUACAUUUAGGAUGCUCACUUUCUCUGAAGGUUAUAACAUCAAUUAUGAGAAUAAAAAGUAAAAUCUUUUGCAAAAGACAGGAUUCAAUGGUUAAAAAUAUAAUAGAUAAAAAGUUGAGGCCUAUUCUUGAUGGGGGUAUAUCUUUUACACAUGGCUAUAUCAUUCAAGAUAUGCAUUAUUUUCUGUAAUUGGAUUUUUUUUUUUUUUUUUUUUGAAACACAUUUUCUGUAAUUGGAUAUAGUGAAGUUUUUUGGUUGCUUGUUGCAUUAGAGAGCUCUGUUAUUAUAUAUUUUGUAUUUUUUUGGUUUAUUUUUCUUUGGUGUGAACCUGGUGAUGAUGAAGGUACUUAUCAGACAUCAUUUUCGUGAUAAUGCUUGCCUCUUGGCUGAUUCUGAUAGUAAGCCAGAGGUAGAAACUGUUGCUGGGAAAGGGAAGGUAAAGAGAUGGCACCUUUUCGAAUGACUGCUUUUGUUGUAGCUAUAUACUGCAAAUAAAAGAUCAUGUCUUCUCUGCUUGUCCUAACGGUUUAUAUAUACUGUUACCUUUUUUUUUUGGAACUUACUAAGCUAUUCCCCUUUCGGCGUGUCGCUGUUUGUUUUUUCCAUGUGAAUGGAGAGAGAAAACCCUUAUGUAAAACUCGUUUUUUACCCUGCUUUCUGUGUUACCACAUCCUUCCAAACACACUCAUGCUCGAAAGAAAGUUUUUAGUUGUAAGAAUUUCUUGUGAAAAAAUGCGUUUGGAAUAAAAUAUUGCUUUGGUGAUGUGAUUUGCUGUUUUGUUGGUAGUCCUUAAAUGGUAUGAUCCGGUUUAUGACCAGCACCGGUCUUGACUUUCACAAGGCUGGAAGCAAAAUAAGAAAAAAAUAGGCUGCCACAAUGAAUCGAACCUAAGCCUCUUAUUCUUACUCAAUACACUGUUAAGUAAACCACUACACUAAAGAUGGUUCUUUGAAAUAAAGGCCGAUAUUUGUUAAUAAUAUAGAAGGCCGGAAGCCAAUGCUUCUGUGGCUUCCCCUCAAGGCCGGUACUGUUUAUGACACGAUUAUAACUCUUUACGUGGAAGACUUGUCUAGUGGAUUCUACCUUGGAUUUAUGAUACUAGACUUGGUCGUAAACAAUAUUUGUGCUUCAGGUGGCAGCCGACAAAGUGAGAAUAAAUCUCUUUGAUUAUUUUUACGGUCUAUGUUGCAUGGAAACUCAAGGUCUGUUUCACGUUUGGGAAACGUUUCGAAAUUAGAAUCUUUCAGAAACUCGCAGAAACGCAUUGGAAACUCAUUUUUUAAAAAUCUCAGUUUGAAAAAUUAGUGGAAACGCAAUUUAUUUUCGUAUGAUUAAAUAGAACUAUUUGCUUAUUUGUAUUCUAAAAUAUACUAAACAUAUAUAAUAAAAGGGAAUGCAAAUAUUAAUUAGUUAUAUAUAUAUAUAAACGUUUCUAAUACGUUUCCAAAGCAAAAAUAAUCAAAAAUUAUGUUUCCACGUUUCGUUUCCGCGUAUCCGUUUCCGUUUCCGUUUCCAUGAAACUAGGUUACAGUGUAGUCUUCUGUGGUCAGUUGGCUUACAAUUACAGGCACUGAAAGUUUUCAAACUUUUUUAGAAAAGAUAGUUUCAAGAAGCUCGUCAACGGCUCUAAUUAAAACAUCAUUUAGUAAGUUCAAUGGCAUUACCUGAAAACUAUGCAGUAAAACACCAAAAAUCUUUCGUUUUGCUUCAUAUGUACAACUCAUGGAUAUGUUAAAUAUCUUGUUUUUUUCCCCCACCCAUGCAAAUACUGUGUUGUUGUGUGAUCUGGGUUAAAUUUAACUGUUCAUUGUUUUUGACUGGUUAUGGUUACAAUCGCGUACCUCGUCGGAGUUGGGACGUAUAUUAUUCCGCGUCUUCACAGGAAAGUAUAUUGGUUAUAGACAUCCAUUCUUUGUGAUAGACCUAGAAUUUGUUUUUGAAGAUUUUGUGUUUGGUAUAUAGCAUUUACAUUUUUGUAACCACAAACUUCUUGUGGUACACUGUU